AUGGAUUACGAUUAUAAUGACGACCAUUAUGAAGAUGAUUUACCAGUUUUAUCAUUACCUACUGCACCUUCAAAAAACAAGACUUCAAAUAAUAGUUAUGAACAAGAUAAUACUGGAAAUGAUCGUACAUCGAGUUUACUUCAGAAUUGGAAAAUACUUUAUGACACAAGUCUUCGUUCUUUACAAUCUGAUGAUGCAUAUCAAACAUCAGUUCCAAUAACACCAUCAUAUUUUGGUCGACAACCAUCGAUUGAAAGACCUACGAUUGGAAGAUCUUAUACAUCUACUUAUCAAUCACAAGUAAUUUCGAAUACACCUAUUUAUGAAUCACAAAUAAUUUCAAAUACACCUACUUAUCAAUCACAAGUAAUUACAAAUAUACCUACUUAUCAAUCACAAGUAAUUUCAAAUAUACCUACUUAUCAAUCACAAGUAAUUUCAAAUACACCUAUUUAUGAACCACAAAUAAUUUCAAAUACACCUAUUUAUCAAUCACAAGUAAUUUCAAAUACACCUAAAUCAAAAUGGGAAGUACGUUUACCUCAACUACUUAAUGGUACAGUUGGUCCUGAUCGUCAAAAACGUGAUAUUAUACGACGACAUACAACUAAUAUUGUCUUUCAAGGAUCCAAUUCAAAUACGAAUGGAUUUAACUCAUAUUUGUCGUCACAAGUAUCGAAUGAAACUGUUAAUGAUCGACCAAUUAUUCCACUUGUUAAACAAAUAAGACAAAAUUUUGAUCGAAUGAAGGUUAAUGAUACACUGCCUGCUAGUCCUAGAAAUCGUAGACAAUUUCCACUUGAUAAUUCUUCAAACAUCCGUCGAGUAGCUAGUCUAAAUUAUCAAAGAGAAGCUGCUGAUUCUCGUGAACGUUUAAAUCAACAACCACGUCCAAUGUUACCUAUUCGUCAAACAACUGAAAUAACAACUUUAAAUUCAAGAUCAGCUAGUACUGAAGAAUUAAAUAAUCGAAUGCCAAUAAAUAAUAGUCGUAUUCAACGAAACAAAAUAAGUCCACCUAUUAGUUAUCCAAAAUAUUCUUAUCCACCACUUCCAACCAAAUCUGUCGUUAAACAAUUAAUUGGUGGAGGCGCUACACUUGUUUAUGAUAGUAUAUCAGAAUCUGGUCCAUCAAGGAAAAAACCAGCUGUCAUCAAACAUCAAAAAAACAUUCAACAAAUAACACAUACUUUAACAAAUACAAAUUCAACUUUGUCAGGUCGACAAUUACGAUCUGAUGCUAGUGAUAGUCCUUCUGCAACACCUCGCAAGAAUAAAACUAAUAAACAGAAACUGAUUAAAUCAAAAGAAGAUGAAACACCUGAAUCUUAUUAUGAAGCUGUAUCACUUCAAGGAUCAACUGAUUUAUCCGACAAUAAUGAUGUUCAAGGUUCUAAUGAGCCUGUCGAUCAUGAUAACAAUACAAAUGAAAACGAAGCAGAAAAUUAUUAUCCAGCUUUUGAUGUUGACUAA